AGAUUCCGGGGUCUUAAGAGUCCUAUAAGUAUAGCAAUACAUGUGCAUAUACCUUGAUGUUUGUUCCAUUUAUUUAAGAAUUUGAGUUUUACAUUGUGUCUUCAUGCGGCUGUAUUUGAUAUGUCCAUUUUUUCUCUUAAUAUACAGGUAUUACAUCUCUCAGCAAUUGACAGACAAGAGUGAUGUUUAUAGUUUUGGUGUGGUUCUUCUUGAGCUGAUAUCUGGUCAAGAAGUAAUAUCUAAUGAAAGCUUUGGUGUGAACUUCCGGAAUAUAGUUCAAUGGGCGAGGGCACACAUAGAGACAGGGGACAUUCAGGGAAUCAUUGAUCCCUCGCUGCAUAACGAAUUUGAUAUCCAAUCAGUUUGGAAGAUUGCUGAAAAGGCGAUGAUGUGUGUCCAACCCCAUGGGAAUACGAGGCCAUCAAUAUCAGAAGUGCUCAAGGAGAUCCAAGAAGCAAUUUCAAUAGAGAGGGGAGCAGAAACAAGAAGAGAAGGUUACUCUGACAAUAUGUCAAACAACUCUUUACACUCUUCCACCAAUCUCGGCUCCAGGAACAUAGGCGAGUCCAGGCUAUUCGUCUCAUUAGAUGAGUCCAUUACGAGGCCAACAGCACGAUAGCUGUGGUGGUCUCUGUUCUCCACUUGUGUAAUUUUAGAAAUUUUAGUCUCAUUCAGAUUACAGAGCUACCCCUAGAAAAUAUGGAAUGUUAACAGUAUAUAAUGUUCAGAUUAUAUUAUGGUGAUUAAAUUUUUUCAAGGCUUCGGGUUUAAAUCCAUAUGAUAAUUGAUUUAACAUUUAAGUUUA